GAUGCACGUGGCUCCGCCCCUCUAUAGGGGUGGGGCGGGGGAGGAGAGAGGACCGGCAGCGUCGGGUUGCCAAGACGACUACCGCUCGUCAUCCUCUUUUUUCUGAGGCCUGUGAUAGCCUCGCUACUCCCCGAUCGGCUAGGACAGGAUUGGAAGCAGGGGAAACCACACGCCCCCAGAGAGGCAGGGCGGAGCAACUGCUGGAAUAGCCAUGUCUAAUUCUCGUCAGGUGGGCGAGGGGCUGAGCCGCACCGGGGGAGAGUGGGAGACCUACGGCCCCUCCGUCGGCCCCUCGGUCGCCGCCUCCGUCGCCUCCACCACCGCCACGUCCUUCGAGAACGCCGCCGCCUCCUCUCUUUUGCCCGCCUUGCCAGCAGCGAUUGUGGCAGCUCUCAGCGUUCUCCCAGCAGAUUAUCUGGAGUUUUGUAGUGGUUGCGACCGGCCGCCCAAUCCAUUUAUAUAUGAAGCGCUCCAGCAACUAGAAAAAGAAAAUAGAACUAAAGUAGGAUUUCAAAAUGGAAUCAUAAUAAAACUAGCUGGCAAUAAUCGUGUAAUACCCAUGCAGAGACUCACCGAUGACGAUUUUGAAAUUAUUAGCUAUGUCGUAAAAAUACAUAGAACUGUUACAGGUUUGGAUGUUAGAUAUAACCUGAUAACUGAUACUGGAUCGAUUUAUGCCGCACAGCUAAUUGAGGAAAACCCAACAGUCGUCUACCUAAAUCUUAUGUUUAAUGACAUUAAGACUGAAGGAGGAGAAAUAAUAGCCAGAGCUCUCCAUAGAAAUCAAACUCUCAAACACCUAAGAAUGACUGGGAACAAGAUUGAAAAUAAAGGUGGAAUGUCUUUUGCCACGAUGCUUCAAAUUAACUCAUCAUUAGAGAAGUUAGAUUUGGGAGACUGUGAUCUGGGGAUGCAGAGUUUGAUAGCAAUAGCAACUGUUCUGACCAAAAAUGACUCAAUUAAAGGAAUAAACUUAAACCGCCCUAUUCUUAAGACUGAACAGGAGGAGUCAACAGUCCAUAUAAGCCACAUGUUGCAAAGAAACUCCACUCUUAUUGAACUGCACAUGUCUAAGCAUGAUAUUCAAAAUUUUGGCAUGCAACAGUUGUGUGAAGCCCUUUAUGAAAACACUGCUCUACGUUACCUGGACGUUACGUGCAACAGAAUAACUCGUGAUGCAAUGAAAUUUUUGGGAGAGCUAUUAAAAAGGAAUAAUGUAUUGGAAGUAAUAGAUCUUUCUUCGAACAGAAUCGAAGAUGAGGGUUCUAUGUAUGUGUGUGAAGCCCUGGCAUUUUACAACACAAGUCUGAAAGUACUAUCUAUAGUGAGCAAUAACAUAACUGGAAAAGGACUUAUUGGUUUCUCAGAAUCAAUGAAAACAAAUACCACACUUUCUCAUAUUUAUAUCUGGGGAAACAAAUUUGAUAAGGAAACAUGUGAGGCGUUUUCAAACUUAAUAGAAACGGGUCGUCUAAAACAAGAAAAUACAGAUGUGGAGCCCUAUAAAGUCGAUGGCUGCGUGUACCUUGCCGAGCUCUCUCAUGGUAUUAAAAGACAUUAUUACUGGACACCAACUUUUGGAGAAGUGAACAGUGCUGAAGCAAAUUCAGGGUAUGCCGUUGUGCCAACAGCUGCACAUCUAUGAAAACAAAAAACUCUCUAUUGGGUCUUAUAUACUGACUCCAUCAAGUAUACUGUCUACAGAUUAACGUGAAAGUAACAGCUGCAGGGGGACAGUACAGGUACGGGAAUAAGCAGCCUAAAAAUGAGCAAGCCAUUAAGCCACUUAAUACAGUAAUAGCAGUGACACAACAGAACUGAAGGGGCCCAAGACUUCCCUUUCCUGAGCUUCUUCUACUUGAUAACCAAAAUUGAGUUCCUUCGCUUUCUAAAUUGGAGGAGUAUGGCUUAUGUAGAGGAUAAAAAUCCCCAAGAUUAACAAUGAAGCCCACCACACAAGUAAGAAAAACUUUUCAGAUGAUUGAUAUGCAUACUGUUAAUUUACAUAAUGCAUAUUAACAUCUACAAAGAACAAACACCUGAGAAAACAAGACUAAAAAUAACAACAUUUACCAGUUGAUCCUUGGCUUGGCACACCACUGACUGCUAAAUUUUAAAUUUCAGUGGAUUACUGAAAAUGCACAAAUGAAUAAAAAUACAUUUAAUGAUUAAGCAAUGAGCUGCAGGGUGCUAACUGUUGAGAACACAAAUACAAGCAGGUGAGUCUCUUCCUGCCCUCAAGGAGCUCACAUUCUAGCAAGGAAAGGCAGUGUCUACUGGAGGAGCAAGAGUAUAAAUGACCCAAACCUGCCUUGCCAAAGAAGAUAGGAAAUCAAAGAGAAUGAUCUGAAAACAAGUCAGCUCCUGAUUCCUCAGACUUGUGCCCUCAGCUCUCCCUCUUCCUCAACCAAACCAUUCUAUCACCACCUCAAAUUGCAUAAUUUCUAUUAAAACAAAUCACAACAAGGGCAGCUGAGUGGCUCACUGGAUUUAGAGCCAAGUCUGGAGACUGGAGGUCCUAGGUUCAAAUGUGGUCUUAGACAUUUCCUAGCUGUGUGACCCUGAACAAGUCACUUAACCCCCACUGCCUAGCCCUUACCACUCUUUUGCCUUGGAACCAAUACACAGCAUUGAUUCUAAGAUGAAAAAUAAAGAUUAAAAAAUUUGUUUAAAUUACAUCAUAGAAUAAUAGUAUAUUUGAAAUUCAUCUGCAUUACUGAAUUCAGCAUACAAAAAUACAUAUAAAACACCAAGAAAUUUCCAUGUGCCCAAAUAUGUAUCAACGCUGAACUGAAUUUUAAUAUGAAGUUAAUUUAAACACAUUGGUACACUUGCCAAUAAGAAUUAAACAAUCAAUAAACACUAGUAACAGAAACUAUGCUGUUCUUUUCCAGAAAAAGUCAGGUAUCCUUUUUCAUAAAUGUAAUUUACCUAAAUAUGCAAAGGUAAAUUGACCUGAACUUUGAGCUCAAACCCCACUUUUAGCACUUACUAACCAUGAACAAUUCAAUUAACCACUCAAGACUCAGUUUCCUCAUAGGCAAAAUGGAGAUAAUAACUACCAAUUUCAAAGAUUACUGACACAAACGAGGUAACAUAUACAAAUUGCUUUAUAAACUUUAGUUUGAUAUAAAUACAAGCAAAUAUCCUCAUUCCUAUAUAUCGUACCAAAAAUUCAUAUUACUAGAAAGCAUCCUAUUAUGCUUUAAAGUUUGCCAAGUACCAUGGCACACAAAGGAUCAUAGAUUUUGGGCUGGAAGAGACUAAGCCAUCCAGGCUGACCUCUUGGCUUUGCAGACAAGGAAACUGAGGUCUAAAGAAAUUCAGUGACUGUUCUAAGGCCACCCAACUCCUAAGUGGCAAGGCUCAAAUCCUCUGGCUCUCAGAUUAGAACUCUUUAUUAUACUAAAUACCCUUCUCGAUUUUCCUCAUAAUAGGCUUAGGAAAUAAACGGUACCAUCUCAUCUUCUUCCACAGGAAAUGGAACUCAGAAAAAUUAAUUGAUUUGUUCUUACAAGCUAGUAAGUGAUUGAGGUGGGAGUCAUAAUUUAUGUAAAGUUGGUAGCAUUUUUGUUUCUGAAAAAAAAAGAAAAAGUAUGUAAGAUAUGCAAUAAUCCUCUGACUUCUUUCUUACCCCACAUAUAGUAAAACACUUUUCACUCUUCACUUUAGAUCAAUGGGGACUUCAAUGCAUCAUUUCCAUUAAUUUAUAGAAUCAAAUAUAGCUAUAUCCCAAAAAAUCAGACACCGACUGGAUCACAUUGUCCACGAUGCAGCACUUAAAAAGGAAAUUUAUUAUUGCUUAAAUUGCAAUUCUUCAACUUUAUGAAGCUUUUGUGUUACCACAAAGUCACAAGGCAAGUGUUGGGGGAGGGAACUCAAUUCCCCAUAGGACAGAUAAACCAAAUCGAUUAUCUCUGCUUUUAAUCCAUCUUGGGUUGUUCUUCCACUGAAUUCUUUCCAUGGACUCACUGCUCUCAAGACUAGAUUGACUCAGGGCAGAUAAAUGGCUCAGUGAGUUGAAAACCAGGCCUGGAGAUAGGAGGUCCUGGAUUAAAAUCUGGCCCCGGAUACUUCCUAGCUGUGCCACCCUGCACAAAUCACUUAAUCCAACUGCCUAGUCCUUACCACUCUUCUGCCUUGGAACCAAUACCCAGUAACAAUUCUAAGACAGAAGGUAAGGUUCGGAAAAAAAAAAAAAGACUAGAUU